ACCAGGUAAUAAUUUCAAGAUGCCAGGACGUUCCAGUUCAAACACAGGUUCAACUGGUUUUAUAUCCUUCAGCGGUGUAGAAUCUGCUCUCUCCUCCUUAAAAAACUUCAGGUCCUGCAUCAGCUCUGGAAUGGACACAGCUUCUAGUGUUGCUUUGGAUCUUGUGGAAACUCAGACUGAAGUGAGUAGUGAAUAUAGCAUGGACAAAGCAAUGGUAGAAUUUGCUAUGAUGGAUCGGGAACUGAACCAUUAUGUAAAGGCUGUGCAGUCUGUGAUGAAUCAUGUAAAAGAAGAGCGUCCAGAAAAAAUACCAGAUCUGAAGCUAUUAGUGGAGAAGAGUUUUUUGGCUUUACAGAAUAAGAAUUCUGAUGCAGAUUUUCAAAAUAAUGAAAAAUUUGUACAGUUUAAACAACAGCUGAAAGAACUAAAGAAGCAAUAUGGUCUUCAAGAGGACAGAGAGGUUGAUGGAACAGAAGGAGUUGAUGAAGACAUGAUUGUGACCCAAAGUCAGACUAAUUUCAUCUGCCCCAUUACGCUGAUGGAAAUGAAGAAGCCCGUGAAAAAUAAAGUGUGUGGCCACACCUAUGAAGAAGAAGCCAUUGUUCGCAUGAUUGAGUCCAAGCACAAGCGGAAGAAAAAGGCCUGCUGCCCGAAAAUUGGCUGUAGCCACACCAACAUGAGACUGUCCGAUCUCAUCCAGGACGAAGUACUCAGAAGGGCGAUUGAGAGCCACAACAAGAAAAAACAGCAUUCCGAGUAGGACAAAGCCACCUGCCUGCGAGGGGACUGCCAGCCUACCUCCCGCCCAGCCUCCUAUAGAGAGCGGUGCUUCUCAGAGCACGGACUGGCUGCCUCA